CACUUUCGAUAUUGGUAGAUAAGAUCGGACGUAGGAUGUGCCAUCUCUAUUCAUCUCAUCCAGUGUCAAUCUGCAAUGCAAGUGUCAACGUCACCGUUUUGUUUUGCAAAACAAAUAACAUCUCACUUUGCAUUUUCACUGUAACUUUAAACAGUUAACUGUUUUUGUUAUAGAAUAGUUUAUAGGGAAAACUACUUAAGUAAGUCAGAAAAAUGUCUAGUGAGACUACUGUAAUUCAACAAAGCUGUGAUGAAGAAAAAUCUCAACUAGGAAGUAAAAACAUAACUUACAAUGAAAUUGCUGGAAAGCUGUUACAGGACAAGUUCUUGCUCACAGCUUUGGAGCUUCAUACGGAGCUAGUAGAAGCUGGCAAAGAAAUACGGCAGCUUAAGGAUUUCUUCUCGAAUCCUGGAAAUUUUGAGUUUCAGACACAUGAUCUACCAACACAUUUAACGAGGUCUGGUAGUCAAGUAACAUUGGACAGUUUGGACCUAACAAGGUAUUCAGAAGAUGGUGGGGGUACAGAUGAGAGGGUAGCAGUAUUAGAAUUUGAGCUUCGUAAGGCCAAAGAUACUAUCAAUGCGCUAAGAAACAAUUUGACAGUAGCUACAGAAUCUGAGAACAAUUCACCAACCAAAGGGCAGUUGAAUCCUACUGUAGGAGGUAUAAAACCUCAUGAACAAAGGGCCUUAAACUUCCUUAUCAAUGAAUACUUACUGAUUCAUGGCUAUAAGUUGACCUCCAUUACUUUUGCAGAUGAAAAUCAAAGCCAGGAUUUUGAUGACUGGGAUGAUGUUGGUUUGAAUAUAGCGAAACCACCAGAGUUGUUGCAUUUAUAUAGAGAAGGACUGAAACAAACUGGGCAAAAUACCAAUGCAGCAUCUACCCAAACUGAUCAUGACAAAAAUAAAGAAAAAAUUAAGACUCUGGAAAUUAAAAUUGAAGAACUAAAAGCAAAAUUGCACAAACUAGAACAUGACAAUACAGAGCUGAACAACAACAACUUGAAACUGCAGGAGGAUAUAAAACUAGUAUCAAACCAACUAGCUGACAUAUCACAGUCGACUAUCAAAAGCUGCAUGAACGAGUCUGUUGGCAGUGAAUCGCCCGAACGAUUUGAAUUCAUUGAAAAGAACAUGCCUAUAUUCAGGAAUAAAGAUAGUAUAGAGGACAAUAUUUCCAAUAGUAGUAUUAAUACUAGUGAAUGGAUGAAUGUGUGUAGUCCUACUGAGAAUAGUGAUAGUGGUAAAACCGACAGGAAGAUCGAGGAUAAGAUGAAGAGUCUUGAAAUAAAUCGAAGUGAAGACCCAUUCAUGAAAGAAGUCUUUGAAAGAUGUUACACAAGCACAUUGCAGAAUAUUGACAGUGACAUGAUAGAAGACAUUGUAAACGAAACCAUCACUGCAGACAAUUUCGUGAACACAGUAUCUUCUUCCCUUCUUAAAAUCAUCCCUAAUAUAAUCUUGAACAAACGUGAGGAUGUCAUCCCUCUAUUAAUAGACGUGGUUCAUUUGAACCCCAAAGCAUCUGAAAGGGACAAACUGUUGCAACAACUGUUCAAUCUGAAGAAAAAACCGUCAGAGUUUGAACGGAGUAUGAUAUUGACCGGAUUGAUAGCCAUAGCAAAACUUUGCGGAGAGAGCAUGGUGGAAAAUGAAAUAUUGCCGCAAUGUUGGUUGCAAUUGACGCACAAGCAUAUCGAAAGGCGACUUUUGGUUGCUGAGACUUGUCAGGCGCUGCUUCCCUAUGUUUCAAGUCCAAUACGUAAUUCACUCUGUCUCUCCAUGUUGCAACAAAUGCUUGAGGAUAAAGAGGAAGUGGUAAGAGAAGUCGUUAUUCGAGCACUGGCUGUAUUAAUGACGUUUUGUAAUGAUGACGAUAAAUAUUUCCAAUGUGAACAACUAGCAGUAAAUACACUUAAUGAUUCGAGCAACAGUGUGGUAAAUACUAGCAUGCAAAUAUUGUUUCCUGUGCUUGGGAAAUGGGCCUUAGAAAAAGGUCAUCUCAGUUCUAGUCUGAUGAAAAAGUUAUUGAACAAACUAAACUACUACAUAAAGGAUACAGAAUCUCCAACCAAAGUUAACCAAUCCUCUGACAAAAUACUAAGGAUAAUCAACGUCAUAGAAAAUUUAUUACCAUUUCUUCUUAUGUCAGUUGCUACGCACGAGAAUAUUAUGUCAAAUAUAGAGAAAGAUAUGGCAAUGGAACUAAGACCGGACUUCAAAAACUUAUGCACAUACUUGACAAACCCUGAGAUAUUUUAUAAAUGUGAUGUCAACUGUGGUAUGCUCCUUUAUGAAUAUGAUAAAUAUAUCGCUGAAAAUCCAAAUAUGUCGUGGCUAGAAAUUGACUGGAUUGUAGAUGUGAUGCUUCCAGAUCUCUUCAAUAACCUGCACCACAUCGAAAUCACACAACAAUCCCUACUUCAAAGUUUCAUCAAUCUAUUCUCUCACAUUUGCAUAGUAUUUGGAACCAACUUCACAAAGUUCAAAAUACGUCCGCUGGUACAAAAUAAAAUGCAAAGUCUCGAACAAGUAAUCAGCAGCUUCAACCAGUUUUGUCCAAGUUUGAACAUCAUACCAGUGUAUUUCACUGUUUUAACGUAUUGUGGGGAUCAUGAAGAACUGAUAACAACGUUGAAGAAAUUUUUGUGUGCUCUGCCCUUGUGUGGAUCUCCACUAGAUUGUCUGGAAAUUACGAUACGUAGAUUAUGCGAAGCUGGCUUGCAGGAUAUUGUUAUUGAAUGCUUGUGGUCUGGCAUAGUACAUCAAAGACCUCUAGUACGAUCUGCUGCGGCUUCAUUGUUCUCGAGUAUUAUAGGAAUUUGUAGCAAGGACUUUCUGAAAAGUAAGGUUACUGCUGCGUUGGUUACCUUAGCGAGCGACAACGAUAUAUUGGUGCGUACAGCUACGAUUCCAGCUUUAGGAAACCUUAUAACAGACUCCACAGUCAAAGAAAUCCAGGACAAAGCAUACAUGCAGCUGCAAACGUAUCUUUCAGAUAGUAACUUGAAAGAGAAUCAUACGUUUCUGAGGCAGCUUAUAGUCACGUUAGGAAAUAUUGUCAAUAGUUGUAGUGAUAAUUUCAGAAACGAUGUGAUACUUCCUCACUUGGUAGCACUGUCGCUGUACACGUCGCAAAUGAAGAAUCAAACUAGAAAGGUGGAUAUGGCCUUAGCGUUGUUAGAAGCAUUUACAAAUGUUGUUUUCAAUCCUCUUAAUAAACAAUGUAAGGGUGCGAUUCUUCCAGGGUUAAGGUACUUAGAAACAGUAAUUUUAGAAAACCAAUCGCUCAUCCAUCAUUGUGACACUGUAGUCUCCAUGAUCAAAGAAUGUGAUAAUAGAGUAGAUGUCGCCACUAACCAAAUGCCGACUGAGAACACGUCAAAGCUCACGCAAAACGUCAACCAGAGCGUGGAGGAGAUGCGGCAAAGAGUCAGUAAAAUAUUCAAUAAACCAGGAAUGCCCAAGCCAAAUGCUUUACCGAAUUUGCAAGGAAUAUUCAAGAAGAAAUGAGUUUCUACUUAGAUUUUUUUAUCCAUAGUAGUGUUUCGCAAUUUGAGGUUAGGUUGGUACAAAAACCGUUUAUUUUUUAGUUAACGUUUAACUUAUCAGAAAUCAGUGAUUUAUGUGUUAAAUAAAGUUAAUGUUAACGUAUGAGAGGUAACUGUGAUUGCUAAAGCUCUAUAUUAUGAAAGGUUUUGGAUCUUUUAUAAUAGAGUCAUCCUGAAGUACGCUGUCUCUGCGGAAUGUGGGAUUCAUAUACCAAAAAAGCAUCUACAUUUCUCAAGGAAAUGUUCAAGGCGUGUACAAAUAUAUAAAAAAUUAGGGGUCCAGUGUUCAUCUCAUGCUCAAAAUGACGACUUUAUUGUAACAGGAUCCUAGACAGGUUGCCCAGUUAUCUGUCGUGUUCCUGUUUUAAAAAAAAAAACUCCAUCGUAACUACCCCAUCAUGAGAUAUAUUCUUGUCGGCAAAAAGUGCCUUUAGUAUAAGUUUACACCUGUGGAAGUGUAUAGUGAUAGAAUCGGCCAAACAUUUUUCUCUUACAAUAGCUGUAAUUGAUAUACAAAUAGUAAGAUACAAACAUAUUGGCAAGCUCUUAAUAACAUUAUUAUUUUUAAAUUUGUGACAACAUGUUUCCUCAAUUCUUCCCAAAAAUGAGUGGAGUGCGCAUUGUGAAAAUUAUUUUAAAUUCGUAAGUACUGAGGCUCAUUUUCCACUUAAGCUCUCGAAAAUGCAUUGAAAUAAUUUUUCAGGGGUAAACUGUUUCACAUAAUUGAAAAGUACUUACUAUGCACUUUCAAAUUUUUUACAUUUUGCAUGCUGGUUGUUAGUGUUAUUGAUCUUAAAGUUAUUUAUCUUUGUUUUCUAGUUAUAGCUUAUAAAUGUUCAUAGUAGGAAUAAGAUAUCGAUUGUACUUGAUAGUUAUAUUUUUAGUAUGUAUAAAAAUAA